GAAAAGGCACGACAUAUAAUUUGCUGUAGAAGUACAGCAGGUCAUUCGUGUGACGUCUUAUUUUACUCUUUUCUUUGCCAGUGAAUUCAAAUUUGCUAAGGUGAUUGACAAGGUCGCAUUCAAAUAAAACAUCCCGCGGAGAGCAUGCACAUUUUUUUUUUUUUUUUUUUAACCGCGCGCUGGAGGCGUGGAGCUCGCGCUUUUGACAUUCUCUCCCGCAGUAGCUCUUCUCCAGCGAAUCCUAAUGACAUCACCCAGACACCGCGGAUGAAGAAAACUGUUUUUUUUUUAGUGUGUGUGUGUGUCUGUGUGUCUGUGUGUGUGUGUGUGUGUGUGUGUAUGUGCGUGCAUGGAAGCGCGAUGUUUUAAUACCGCCGGACGUGUUUGAGCAGAUCUUUUAAUUGGAGCAUAUAACGCAGAGCAAAUUCCGUGGGAAUAGUUUGUUUUGCAAACACUGGAGAGCACCGACGCCGCCAAAAGGCCCUUUCUCAAAGAACGCAACUUUGUGUAGCCUACUUCGAGUUGUUGUUUGUAGCCUACUGUCUGUGUUCUCGACAUGGAGUAGCUCGGAAGCGCUGUUCCUUGACUCGGUUUCUCGCUUAUGGACGACUGUAGUCCCCUUUCUCCGAAGGCAAACGCUUUCAGUAUUGCCUGUCUGAUUUCAGCGAGGGAUCAAGCGGGAAACACAGCGUUUGACAAACACGCCACUAGCCUGGACAAGCAAGUGGUGCAAAACUGUUCCAGUUCCAUUAAAAUGCAUUACAGCACAGUCACGCGGGAGAUGGAAGCAAUAUCAAGCCCGUGGCUGACGCAGCUGUCCCAUUUUUGCGAUGUUGCAGCCUUCACGACCAGCAGCCUGAGCAGUCUCAAUACGCCUGGGAGUUACCAUCUCUCUCCUUCCCCUGGGGAUCCAUACAGCCACCAUGAAAGCCAGUUUGAGCCGUGCCCUGCUGCCCAGCACGGCUACAGCUAUUCCGGAUCCAACCCAGCGCAGGCCCCGGCGCAGGCGGACACCGGAGGGUCCAACUGCUCCUCGUCAAGCUCAACGCCGAACAAAACGCUGGUGAAAAAGAACCCUAAAGUAGCCAACAUUAAUGUACAUUUGGAAAUGAAGGCGCUCUGGGAUGAAUUUAAUCAACUUGGGACUGAAAUGAUUGUCACAAAAGCUGGGAGACGAAUGUUUCCUACAUUUCAAGUCAAAAUAUUUGGAAUGGACCCAAUGGCAGAUUACAUGCUCCUGAUGGAUUUCCUACCAGUGGAUGAUAAACGAUACAGGUAUGCCUUCCACAGCUCAUCGUGGCUGGUGGCUGGGAAAGCUGAUCCAGCGACUCCUGGAAGAGUGCACUAUCAUCCCGACUCACCUGCCAAAGGAGCACAGUGGAUGAAACAGAUCGUUUCCUUCGACAAACUCAAACUAACCAACAAUCUACUGGACGACAACGGACAUAUCAUACUGAACUCAAUGCACAGAUAUCAGCCCAGAUUCCACGUGGUCUACGUGGAUCCUAGGAAGGACAGUGAGAAAUACGCCGAGGAAAAUUACAAGACCUUUGUUUUCGAGGAGACCAGAUUUACCGCCGUCACAGCCUAUCAAAACCACAGAAUAACGCAACUGAAAAUCGCCAGCAAUCCGUUUGCCAAGGGCUUCAGAGACUGUGAUCCGGAGGACUGGCCCAGGAAUCACAGGCCGGGCUCUCUGCAAAUCAUGAGUGCAUUUGCUCGAACCAGGAACCCCAUGUCCUCUCCCCCACAGCAGAACGGCACAGAGAAAGAGGACAGCAGGAGAGAAUACGAGCGUGACCCCAGCGGCACUACCCUCCAUUCGGACCCCACUCACCAGCUGAUGUCCCGAGUCCUCAGCCCGGCCCUUCCGGUCCUUGGCAGCCUGCACACCAUGCCCCUCACAGCCGGCCCUCGCAGCCCACCGCACGAGCUACGCCUGGAAGGACACCCACAACCCCCAGACACCCUGCACCAUCAUCCAUACAAAUACCCAACCACCUACGAACACUAUCUGGGAGCCAAAACCAGGCCGUCUCCGUAUCCCUCACCGAGCAUCAGAAGCCACGGUUACCAUCCUCACAUGAACCCAGCCACAGCCACACAAAUGUACUCCGCAACGAGCGCCGCCGACUAUUAUUACGAUUACGCUCCCAGAUAA